CAACUUUCUAGUUAGUUUGACACAGUGUAAACAUGGCGAGCCUGGCAGAUGUCGGCUGGAAACUCCUGGAAUUCAAAGCCCGAUCAAAAAGAUCAGAUUUGUGAUUUAGCUGAGAGAGACGAUUGGCGUUAAUUUCACCUUUUGAGAAUGGCCGGCUCAGUGGCCGCGACUGCCCGGCCUCAUCGGAAAGUCCACAGGCUUGGUUCUAUCUAUGAACCUCUCAAGCUGUCCAAUCUCCAGCGUGAGGAUGAGCCCCUGUGGGAGAAGCUGGACCGCUACUACAGUGCCGUCAAGACAACCAUUCUGAACUACCAGAGUCCCACCACUGGCCUUUUCCCAGUUAAAACCACCUGCAAGGAGGCCAAGGUCCGGGACUCCCUGUACUGUGCUGCUAGUGCCUGGGCUCUGGCUAUAGCCUACCGACGCAUUGAUGACGAUAUGGGACGAACCCAUGAAUUGGAGCAUUCUGCCAUCAAGUGCAUGAGAGGGAUCCUGUACUGCUACAUGAGACAGGCUGAUAAGGUGGAGCAGUUCAAACAAGAUCCCAGCCCCUCCAAGUGUCUGCACUCCUUGUUUAACGUAGACACCGGUGACGAGGUGUACUCCUACAGUGACUACCACCAUCUGCAGAUCGAUGCCGUUUCUCUGUUUCUGCUGUACCUGGUGGAGAUGAUCUGCUCUGGUCUGCAAAUCAUUUACAACACUGAUGAGGUUUCCUUCAUCCAGAAUCUGGUAUUCUGUGUGGAAAGAGCCUACAGGGUGCCCGACUACGGCAUGUGGGAGAGAGGCAGCAAAUACAACAACGGCAGCACUGAGCUGCAUUCCAGCUCUGUGGGCCUGGCUAAAGCUGCUCUGGAGGCCAUCAAUGGAUUCAACCUGUUUGGAAACCAGGGCUGUUCGUGGUCGGUGAUAUUUGUGGAUCUGGACGCCCACAACAGGAACAGGCAAACCCUGUGCUCCCUACUACCCCGAGAGUCUCGUUCACAUAACACAGAUGCAGCCUUGCUUUCAACCAUCAGCUAUCCUGCCUUUGCAGUAGAUGAUGAUGCCCUCUACAGUCAGACACUGGACAAAAUUGUCCGCAAGCUGCGGGGCAAAUAUGGCUUCAAACGUUUCCUCCGUGAUGGCUACCGCACUGCUAAUGAAGACAAAAAUCGCCGCUACUACAAACCUGCUGAAAUGAAGCUUUUUGAUGGAAUCGAGUGCGAGUUUCCCAUAUUUUUCAUCUACAUGAUGAUUGACGGGGUGUUCAGAGGAAAUAAAGCUCAGGUCAAAGAAUACCAGGACCUCCUUGAACCCAUCAUCUUCCAGUCUUUUGAGGGCCAUGCUGUGAUCCCCAAAUACUACUACGUACCAGCUGACUUUGUGGAGGCGGAGCAGAACAAGCCUGGAAGCCAGAAGCGUUUCCCUAGCAACUCCGGCCGUGACGGGAAGGUCUUCCUGUGUGGUCAGGCCCUUUACACCAUCGCCAGGCUGCUGGUGGAUGAGCUGAUCAGCCCUAAAGAUAUUGAUCCCAUCCACCGCUACGUGCCCCGCCAGGACCAGCGGAACGUCAGCAUGCGAUACUCCAAUCAGGGUCCCAUAGAGAACGACAUAGUUAUUCACGUGGCCCUGAUAGCAGAAAGCCAGAGACUGCAGGUGUUUUUGAACACCUAUGGCAUUCAGACCCAGACGCCCCAGCAGGUGGAACCAAUCCAGAUCUGGCCUCAGAAGGAACUGGUCAAGGCAUACCGUUUCCUUGCUGUGAAUAAGAAACUGGGGUUGAGUGGGCGUCCAGAUAGGCCAGUGGGCUGCAUCGGGACCUGCAAGAUUUAUCGUAUUCUGGGCAAGACGGUGGUGUGCUACCCAAUAGUGUUUGAUCUAAGUGACUUUUACUUGUCUCAAGAUGUUAUGCUGUUGAUUGAUGACAUUAAGAACGCCCUGCAGUUCAUCAAACAGUGCUGGAAGAUGCAGGGACGUCCUCUCUUCCUGGUUCUCAUUCGCGAGGAUAACAUCAAGGGGAGCCGCUUCAACCCAGUCUUGGACAUGCUGGCCUCAUUCAAGAAAGGCAACAUCGGAGGGGUCAAAGUUCAUGUCGACAGACUUCAGACACUGAUAUCUGGAGCAGUGGUGGAGCAGUUGGACUUCCUGCGUGUCAACGAGGCAGAGAUCCCAGAGUUUAAGAGCUUUGAGGAGCUGGAGCUGCCUAAGCACUCCAAGGUGAAGAGACAGACGAGUACACCCAACGCCUCAGACCUGGAGCAACAGCCAGAGAUCAGUGUGGAGGAGUGGCUGCACAAGCCCACCAAUGAGAUCAUCCAGAAAUUCCACGACUGUGACUGCUUGGCCAGUCAGGCUCAGCUUGCCGGCAUCCUUCUUAGGAGAGAAGGACCAGACUUCCUUGCCAAAGACGAGAACCUGAUGGAUGAACUGGAGAGAAUCUACAGAAGAGCUGGCAGCAGAAAGCUUUGGUCUGUUGUCCGUCUUGCCGCCUGUCUCUUAACUAAGCUAGUGGACAGCCUUGCCCCCAGUAUUACUAGUGUUUUAGUGCAUGGCAAGCAGGUGACCCUCGGUCUGUUUGGCCAAGAGGAGGAGGUGAUCUCCAAUCCACUGUCGCCAGGGGUGAUCCAAGGCAUCAUCUACAGCAAGUGCUCCCCUCAGGGCGGAGAGCGGGAGGCCGUUCUUCAGCAAGAGCUGGUUAUCCAUAUUGGGUGGAUUAUCUCCAACAACCCAGAGCUGUUCAGCGGCAUGCUGAAGAUCAGAGUCGGAUGGAUUGUCCAGGCCAUGAAACAUGAGCUGAAGAUCCGGGCAGGAGACAUGCCUACUCAGGACAUCCACCAACUCUCGCCCAGCGACAUCAAGCAGCUCCUGCUGGACGUCCUGCAGCCACAACACACCACUAGGUCUUGGCUGAACAGGCGUCAGAUCGAUGGCUCUCUGAACAGGACCCCUCUGGGCUUUUAUGAUCGUGUGUGGCAGAUCCUGGAGAGGACCCCCAAUGGUAUUGUGGUGGCUGGGACUCACCUCCCACAGCAACCUACACUGUCUGACAUGACCAUGUAUGAGAUGAACUUCUCCCUGCUGGUGGAGGACACGCUGAAGAACAUUGUCCUGCCUGAGUACAGACAAAUCGUAGUGGAGCUGCUGAUGGUGGUGUCCAUAGUGCUGGAGAGAAACCCAGAGCUGGAGUUCAGCGAUAAGGUGGAUCUGGACGGCCUGGUGAAGGAAGCCUUUAAUGAUUUCCAGAGGGAUCGCAGCCGCUUUGAAGGCAUAGAGAAGCAGGAUGACAUGGAGGCAUUCUACAACACCCCCCCGGUGGGAAAGAGAGGCACCUCCAGCUACCUGACCAAGGCUGUUAUGAUCCAGUUGCUGCAAGGGGAUGUCAAGCCCUGCAAGGACGACCCGUGCUCUGUUAGCUAGAUUUACAACUCUUUGACCCCUAAUCCCUGCCUGCCGCUGUGUAGUCAUCAAAUGGUCUGGCGAGGACUACAGAGUAUCCAUCACAUGUAUUCAGAAGAUAACCUCUAGCCUCUCUAAUGCUCCCCUUGGCAGGACACUGCCCAGUCCUGCAAACUAGAUUUUUCCUGGAGUUUUCCCUGAACAACAGCACAGUUAGCAGAAGAUUUAAGAGCCGUAGAUUAACAUGUCUGCCGUUUGCAGUUCAGUAUGCCAACUGUGCUGUGUAUUCAAAUUAAGAUUUACCUUGACUUGUUCUAGUUAUUUAUUACCAUCGGUGGCUAUUAAAGUCAAAUACCACAUAACUAGCUAACAUUGCCACAACUGGCUAGAAUUAGAAUAUUUGCACUUUGUUGUGAUAAUAGCAUACAUCCACCAGUUGUGCUUAACUCAGUAGCACCUAGAGUCUUGCUUUACCUCUACACAUCUUUCAGUUCAGUUCAGUUUAGCUCCAUCUUAGCAUACAGACAUGAGUGUGAAUCAAUCUUGUCACAUCAGAGAAUCAGCAUGUUUCCCAACAUGUCCAACUAUUUCUUUCUUUUUUGGUGUUGCUUAGAAAUCCAGUUUAAAUGCUGUGUAUCAGGUAUUUCAAAAUAAUGCUACUAUAUACUGCUAAAUGAACCAUGGGCUCAGAUCAACCGUUCAAACUGUACCUCACCAGCAAUAACCUACAGCUGUUACAUAGCAAUUAGUCAGUAUAAUGAGAGAUGUGGUUCUCAAAUUGGCCCAAUUGGCUCCCAGGGGCCUUAAAAGUGCAUUGCAUAUCACCAGGCAUAAAAAGCGGUUAGGUCUGCCAUUAUUUUCUUUAUUGUUCAUCAGUAUAAAUUAAUGAAUCAUCAUAUUUUUUUUAUAUGGUUAUAUUCUUUUAAACUGUCUGUGGGUCUUUGUCAUUAGAAGGCUUGAGAACCACUGCAUAUAUUGAAAUAUUUGGAUUUUAUAGAGAAUUACACAGUAUAUUCUGCUGAAAAUGCAUACAUGUCAGCGUGUGUUGUUUGUUGAACUGUGCUGUGUUUCUCGUCUUUCUCUCUCCUUGUCCUUUAUGCAUGCACAGUCUGCUGCAUGAAAAUAGGUACUGUUUGCCAUAGCCAUCAUGACGGUUGCUCUGGAUGUUAUGGGCUACAAAACAGAAUUUGUGAGAGGCCUGUUUUGCACAUUAGGGCUCUGCAUGACAAUGACUACUGCUCAUCUGAAGUCCUAGGACUGAGGACCCUUUAGAAAAUGCUGUUUUGUUGAAUAUGGGCAACAGAAAAGCCUGCUGUCAUCCUUACGUAGACAUGAUAAAAAACUCACUUUGACUUAUUUUAAAGCGUGCCUCUAUGAAUAUCAUCACUGUGAUGAAUUCGCCCAACCUUGUCACUGUGUGUGUGUGUUGUUUACUGUUGUUCCAAAAAAGUAUUUUUAACUCAAAACUGUAGUUUCAAAUAAUAAAGUUAUGAUGGAAACUAUAAA